GCGGGGAGUCGCGGGUUCGAGUCCCGGCGCGGGGGGAGCGGAGCGGUACCGGGAGCGACACCGGGGGAGUAGCGGGGGCCGGGGGGGGGGAUCGCGGCGGAGCCCCCCACAUGGCUCGGGACAAGGAAAAGCGAAGCUGCGGGCAGAGGUUGGCCGAGUGGCGGGCCUUCGUGUGGGACCCACGGAGCCGCCAGUUCCUGGGCAGAACAGGCACCAGUUGGGGCCUGAUCCUGCUCUUCUACCUGGUGUUCUACGGGUUCCUGGCCGGGCUCUUUGCUCUCACCAUGUGGGUGAUGCUGCAGAGCGUCGACCCCCACGUCCCCAAGUACCAGGACCGGCUCGCCACCCCCGGGAUGAUGAUCCGCCCGCGCACGGAGGGGCUGGACGUCACCUUCAACGUCACCCAGAGCCAGACCUGGCGUCACUACGUCCGCGCCCUGCACCAGUUCCUCGAGCCGUACAACGACAGCGUGCAGGCCGCCCGCAACGCCGCCUGCGUCCCCGGCCGCUACAACGAGCAGCCGGACGACAGCGUCCCCAACUACCCCAAACGCGCCUGUCGCUUCAACCGCUCCCUGCUGGGACCCUGCGCCGGGCUGGCGCCCGCUGACGACUACGGCUACGGCGUCGGCCAGCCCUGCGUCCUCCUCAAGGUCAACCGGGUCAUCAACUUCUUCCCAGGGAGGAACAAGAGCAUCAACGUGAUCUGUGCCGCAAAGCGGGAGGAGGACGCUGCCCUCCUGGGCCCCCUCCAGCUCUUCCCCCCCAACGGCUCCAUCGACCUCAUGUACUUCCCCUACUACGGCAAGAGAGUCCACGUGAACUACACGCAGCCGGUGGUGGCGGUGCAGUUCGCCAACGCCACCGCCAACAUGGAGCACUACAUCGAGUGCCGGCUCAACGCCGCCGGCCUCCGCACCGACGACGAACGCGACAAGUUCGCCGGCCGCGUCGCCUUCCGCCUCCGUAUCAAUCGCGACUGACCUCUCCUGAGCCCCCAACCCCUCCCCCGUAGCCCCCCAAUUCCCUCCCCCCCGCCACCUUCGCCCCUUGAGUCGGGUCUAAUCCCCCCCCCCCCCGACCCUCCAGAUGCUCCUAAUAUAAGAAUAAUAAAUGUACAUAGAUAUUUUUUAUAUUAUAUAUAUAUUAAACGGUGCAGUAGGGCCUUGGCUUCUCCCCUCCCUUCCCUCUCCCCCCAAACGCCCGCGUUUUGCCCCCCCAAAUUUGCCUGUCCUUUGCAUAGGAGUGCCGAUUUGGGGCUCGCUUUGGUGGCGGCUGGGUAGGGUUUUUUUAGGUGUUUUUUGGGGUUUUGUAGGUAGGUUGGGUGAUGUAGGGGGAGGCCAAGAUGGCCACCAGGCUGCCUGUCAAGAUGGCUGCUGUUGGUUGCUGUUGGCUAAGGAGCAAGAUGGCUGCCCUGCAACAGGGUGGCUGUUGUAGAGCAGUGGUUGGGAUCAAAAUGGCUGCCAUUGGUUGUAUAAAUAGCAAGCAAGAUGGCCACUGUUGGUUGUGUGGAUAAGGAGCAAGAUGGCUGCCCUGCAACAGGGUGGCUGUUGUUGAGCAGUGGUUGGGAUCGAGAUGGCUGCCAGGAUGGCUGCCAUUGGUUCUAUAGGUCAAGAGUAAGAUGGGUGCUGUGCCACGGAGCAGGGUCGCUGCUGUUGAGCGUUGGUUGGGUUUAAGAUGGCUGCCAGCCCGCCGAGAUGGCUGCCAUUGGUUGUAUAGGUCAAGAGCAAGAUGGCUGCUGCGCUGAUUGGUAUCGUAAUGGCUGCCAUUGGUUCUGUAGGUAUCGUGGCGGCCGCUGUUGAGUGUUGGUGUGUUCAAGAUGGCCACCAGCCUGCCAAGAUGGCUGCCAUUGGUAGUGUAGAUCGCGAGCAAGAUGGGCGCCAUUCUACAGAACAUGGCGGCUGCCGUUGAGCAUUGGUUGGGGUCAAGAUGGCCACCAAGAUGGCUGCCAUUCAUAGUGUAGAUCAAGAGCGAGAUGGUCGCCAUCCCAAGGAACGUGGCGGCUGCUGUCGCGCGUUGGUUGAGAUCAAGAUGGCUGCCAUUGGUUGUGUAACUCAAGGGCAAGAUGGCCGCCAGACGAGGCAAUGCAGUGGCUGCUGCUGAGCGUCAGUUGCGAUCAAGAUGGCCACCGUUGACUGUGUAGAUAAGGGCCAAGAUGGCCACCAGUACGGUGGCAGAGCAAGGCCGCCAUUGGCUGAGCAGGCCAAGAUGGCCGCCAUUGUGUACUUGAAGGCCAAGAUGGCCGCCAAUGUGAUGGCAGAGCAAGGCUGCCAUUGGCUGAGCAGGCCAAGAUGGCUGCCACUGCCACACCCACAGCACAAGAUGGCGGUAAUGGUAAGCAAUGGUAACCAGGCCCGGCGGCCAUCUUGACUUAUGCCGUUGCCAUGACAACCUGGUGGCCAUCUUGAAUCCCGUUGCCUGUAGAAGGGGCUGGCGGCCAUCUUGACCCGCCAUCUUGAAUCCCGUUGCCUGCAGACAGGGCUGGCGGCCAUCUUGACCCGCCAUCUUGAAUCCCGUUGCCUGUAGAAGGGGCUGGCGGCCAUCUUGACCCGCCAUCUUGGAUCCCAUUGCCUGUAGAAGGGGCUGGCAGCCAUCUUCGCCCGCCAUCUUGAAUCCUGCUGCCUGUAGAAGGGGCUGGCGGCCAUCUCGACCUGCCAUCUUGAACCCCACUGCCUGCAGAAGGGGCUGGCGGCCAUCUUGACCCGCCAUCGUACAUUCCUUGGGCAACCCAGAGCUGUGGUGGGGUCAGCGGCCAUCUUGGCCCCUACUCCAAUCAGCCCUGCAGCCCUCUUGGCCCCUCCGCCCUUGGCAGCCAUUUUGCACCGCCAUUCUAAGGGCAGCUAUCUUGGUAGCCAUCUUGAAGCCCCUCCUGCUCCCCCUACUAACACCCCCCCCCCCCGUGCUGAGUCCUCCCCCCACCCCAGCAGGGUGCCCCCCUCUUUUUGGUGGAGAAUUGAGCGUUUUUUGGGUCCCCGGGAGAUGAUAAUCUGGGGCGGGGGGGGGGGGAGACCAUCCCCUCAGUAUUAAACCUUUGUUUUUUGGUGGAAA